CUCAAUUUCUCUUACCUGAAUUCUAGUACUUUCAAAUCAACUUGAUGGUAGGGGAUAGGAAAGUCUAAGUAUACUGACGGUCUGACGAUGCCUUUUGAGUCAACAACACAAUCACGUGAGAAUAUCACUGACUCGAGAAGCACUCUACUGAGUUUGCCUUCUUCUCAUAGAAUGGCAACCAAAGGACUAGGAAAUUGCAGAAGAUCCCUUCGAGCGGCGCCUAUCUGUUCGAAAAAAAGAUCCCCAUAGUGCAAAAGCCAUUAAAGGCAAGCCGACUACCCCUCAAAGUGCCGGUUCCCUUGUGUGAGCGGAACUUGAACUCCGACCAUUCCACAUGGCCCUUCCCGGAUACAUAUAGUGCUUGACCCAUGCGACGUUCGCUAUGUAAACAUCUCAAUCCUAACUUAGUUUCACAGCUUUACUCAAGUAGAUUUUUUCUAGUUCCUGGUUUUUUUCAGGUUCGGCGACAUGUCAAAAGAAAUCGUGACGUUCGCUCAUCUUCAGGCCAAGGACAAGGCGUCUCGUGACAAGCUCAUUGAGAUCUUUCACGAGAUCACCGAGUUCUCCCGUGCAAAUGAGAACCCGGGGGUCAGCCGCUAUGUCACCCUGAUCCCGACGGACACUUCGAAUGAGACGUCUAUCUACAUGCUUGAGCAAUACAGGGAUCAGGCGGCGUGCGAUUCUCACUUCCAGCAGCCCCCCGUUCAGAAACUGGUCAAGUACAUGACUGAAGAGAGCCCGUUGACCGGACCCCCGGAGGUCCACAACCUCAACCCCACGAUUGAUGUUAGGAGACCGAUCACGGACCCACAGCCAGGCAUGCUCUUCCUGUUUGCACACAUCAAGUACAAGCCAGGCAAGCUGUCAGAGGCACUGCCCCAUCUGAAGGAACUCAUUCUGGCCGUGGAGAAAGAUGAACCAGAAUUCUGGGGCUGCACCGCCUGCGCGGAUACGGAAAAUGAGCUUGUGAGGGUCGUUGACAUGUUUGAGAGCGAGAAGUUCUAUGACGAAGUUCAUGUGAAGAGUGCACCAAUUGCGAAGUUUCACGCGGCGAACACACCACUAACGACCGGCGAGUUCGGCUUUGCCAAGUUGAAGGUCGUGCAAGGCUUCUUGGGACGGUAGUGAGUUCAUUAGUUUUUGUGAAAACUUGAAGAGACAUGUGCUGAUGAGAUGAAUGCACAAGUGAAGACAAGAAGCCUAGCCGGUUAUAGCUUGGACAGUGUAAUGAUCUACAGAUAUCAGAUAGUAUAGAACGCGUAUCGGGAAAUGAUCAUUCCGACACUCUCCAUACAAGUCUUUCU